GUCUUAAAUCUCUCUUCUUUGCUUAUAUACACCCCACACUAGUUUUAUUUCAUUUUCUUAAAAAUUAUUGGCUCUUGUCCUAAGAAGAUCAUGGAAGAACCUGAGCCUUCCACUUCUUCUGCAACAUUCAUAUGCUCUAGCUCCUCGUCGUCAUCAUCUUCACAGGUCCAAGAAGAAGAAAAUGACCAGCCUCAGCCUCAGGACAGUGACGAGAGUCAAAACCAUCAGCCUCAGCAAACUCGUUACCAACGGUGGAGUUCAGUCUUUUCUUAUUUUUGCAUGAAUAAUAAUACAUUCGAAUCCCAACUUAUAGCUUCAGAUAUACGGGACGAUGCUUGGCCCUGCUUUAUUGUGCUUGUCACGUUUUGGUUCUUAGCUUUUACAACUCUGAUUCUUGGCUAUUACGGAUCUUCAAAUUUUCAAUUGGGUCCCAAGUGCUCACUCCUCAUACAAACAAACUCCUUAUUUGUUCAUUCUUUUAAGGUGGAGGAACUAAAGGAGGCAAAACCUGGGCUAGUGUUAUAUGGAUUUUAUGAACGUCCUCCGCUGGACGUGGAAUUCACUUGGACUGAAACACACAACACAUCUAUACCACUCAAUUUUCACAUGGAGUGGAUAUACUUCUUAAACGAAGGAUCUAGAAUAGAUGUUGUAUUCCAUAUAAAAUCUUCUGGUUCACUACCUUUGUUGCUUGCAAUAGCUGAAGGUAGAGAAAGCUUGGUUGAGUGGGCAGGGGACCCAUCUUAUCCCAGUACAACACUGUCAUGGAAUAUCAUCUAUGGAAGUGGUAAGAUCGAGCAGGAAAUUACAAAGUCUUCAAGUUAUUAUAUUACAUUGGGGAACCUGAACUCUGAGGAGGUGGAGGUAGAGCUGGAGUUCACUAUAAAAGCUCUUCUUUAUAACACCACCAAAUCCUACUAUAGGUGCUCCCUUGGUAACCAUCUUUGUAGCUUAAAACUUUCUUUUCUAGGCACAAAUACGGUUGUGUUAACAUCUCCAGAUCAUAAUGAGAAUUCUCCAACAGGAGAUGAAUGGUACGUCAAACUGUCCUAUCGACCGCGAUGGCUCACAUAUUUUAUUGGAUCAGGUUUGAUGGCCAUGAUCAUCUUAUCGGCCUUAAGAUUUUGUAACAAGUUCCAAAAUGGAGUUGUAGGCAGAGUAGAUCCAGAGAGAACCUCAUUAAUCUUUCCUAUUCCCAAAGAAGAUGUUCAAAGUUUGGGUUCAUCUUAUGACUCUCUUUCCCGUGAGGAAGAGGAUUUAGAGUGGCUAAUGGGGGAGAGUUCAUUGGAAGGCUAUGAAGCAAUAGAUGGAGAAGAAAAUAACAACAAUAAUAAUAAUAACAACCCUCGGCUGCUUUGUAUCAUUUGCUUUGAUUCACCAAGAGAUUGCUUCUUUCUUCCUUGUGGACAUUGUGCUGCUUGCUUUACUUGUGCAACAAGGAUUGCAGAAGAUGCUGGUAUUUGCCCCAUCUGUCGUAGAAAGACGAAGAAAGUGAGGAAUGUUUAUAUAGUUUGAACUGUGUAUAUAAUCAGCUUCACCCAUUAUUUUGUGGUUCAAUUUCUUAUGGUAACUUGUGUCAGAACAGGCUAAGAAGUUUUUGGAGUUCAAUAUAAGAUACUUUUAUAGAUGGAUAAAAUAAUUGAUAAUUUUCUAAAUUUAGAGGUUUUUUGUAUAAAGAAAAAUUAUAUAUGUAUUUUUAAUUUUGGAUGCUUUUCAUUGGGGUCCUAAGAACAAGUUUGACCUGUGGUGACUUUGUUUUGUUUUCUCUCUCGUUGUGUGGCUUGCACUGAUGUUCGAUAAAGUGUAAUAUCAAGUUAGAGUUAUCUAAAGUUCUCUUAA